AUGAAGGGUAUAGACCCUGCAAUAACGUCUCACGAGUUAAACGUCGAUCCGACGUUCAAGCCUAUUCGACAGAAGAGACGAAAGCUCGGACCCGAAUGGUCCAAAGCAGUGAAUGAGGAAGUAGACAGGUUGCUUGACGCAGGCUUCAUUGCCGAAGUACGGUACCCGAAAUGGCUGGCAAACCCCGUCGUUCCCGUGGUCAUUAAAAAGAAAAAUGGGAAAUGGCGCAUUUGUGUUGACUUUACGGAUUUGAACAAAGCAUGUCCAAAAGACAGUUACCCACUCCCGCAUAUCGACCGUCUGGUGGAGUCGACUGCCGGCAACGAGCUCCAAACAUUUAUGGACGCUUUUUCCGGAUACAAUCAAAUCAUGAUGCACACGGACGAUCGCGAGAAAACGGCGUUCAUAACAGACAGGGGGACGUAUUGCUACAAGGUCAUGCCUUUCGGCCUAAAGAACGCAAGAGCGACUUACCAGCGUCUGGUCAAUAGAAUGUUUGCCGACAAACUCGGCAACACUAUGGAAUUUUACAUUGAUGAUAUGCUGGUCAAGUCACUUCGCGCCAAGGACCAUCUCAACCAUUUACAAGACUGCUUCAAAACGCUGAACGAGUACGGGAUGAAGCUCAACCCGGCGAAAUGCACCUUCGCCAGGGAGGCAUCGAGGCAAACCCAAAACAAAUAA